CCGCAACGUAAUGCCUCGACGAAGCAAGUCGUCUCGCGGGUCUAAAGACAAUUGAAAAGGAUAAUAGCAUAUGUUAUAUUGGACAAUUGGUUCACCUUUGAUUCUCUAGUGGAUGGGGUCCUGUCGCAUGAUCAUUCCGUCCUUCAUUGCUGCUCGGAGACGCUCGGGCAAUACAAGGGAAUAGACAGCACGCCAGAGCGUUCUACUCGACAUCAUUCAAAUUGGGCAAAACCAUUGUAUCUCAAAAGCAGUCUUCAGAAAAAUGAAGCGCGUGGUUGAUUUAAAGAACGAUGAAGAACUUAAGGCCGCCUCAUGGGAAGCUGCCCGAGGAGCCGCGUACGGAGCUUCAACUUGGGGAAUCGGUGCUGCGCUUGCAAGCGGUGUAGCACACAUGUAUAGUCCUAUUUAUCGAGGGCUGACCGUACAGUUCCGAAUUUUUCUCGUGAUGUCAGGCAUGGUUCUUGGAGGCUUCGUCGAAGCUGACAAGCGAAUGGUUGCAUACGAGAAGAUGGUGCGGCAUAACAACCGCAUACGCCGUGACGCGGCGAUUUGGCGUGCUUACGAGGAGGAAUUCGAGGCCAAGGACGCGCCUGGCGCAGGGAGCGACGAAAAGGUACAAGGAAAGGAAUCAAACUAGUUCUCACCAGAAGUUUACUGGUUUGACGAUUGAAUUGAUGGAAAGGUAGGAGUCCAUCAAAGCUCAGAUUUCACUCAUCGCUCAAUGCUGUUUGUAUGUUGUUCUGAAGCAUUUUGAAAGCUACAUCAAUCUGGGUAUCGUAUGGAGAGAAAGCCCUCCAUGUACACACUAUAAAAAGAAGAGUAGGGAUCGGACCUUGAAAUUAUGCUCAUUCAAGCGCGAUGCCCGCAACCGAUAUCCAAACAAAACCCUUCUCCGUUACCAUACGUUACACAUAGACGAAUGAACCGAUUUAUAUUCGAGAGAAGC